AUGGCUCCUAGUGCCGUCAUUGACGACUUCUCCAGCCAUGAUGGCCAGGCUCUCGAGGUCCUCUCCGAUAAGAUCGACGAUGUCAACGUGAUCAAGUACGAUGAAUCCUCCAAGUUCGACGAAGAGAAGGACAAGAACACCUUCCGCCAAUACGCCGAUGCUACCGACCGUGUCAAAAACUUCUACCGCGAACAACACCACAAGCAAACUGUUGCUUACAACCUUGCUGCCCGCAACCGCUUCUACAACGCCUCUCGUCCUCGCCCUGAGAUGACCAUCUGGGAGGCUAUGGAGAAGCUCAACACUCUCGUUGACGAGUCCGACCCUGACACCUCCCUCUCCCAGAUCCAGCAUCUUCUCCAGUCUGCUGAGGCUAUUCGCCGCGAUGGCAAGCCUCGAUGGAUGCAGCUCACUGGUCUCAUCCAUGACCUUGGCAAGCUGAUGCUCUUCUUUCCCGAGCUUGAGACUCAGGGACAGUGGGACGUUGUUGGCGACACUUUCCCCGUUGGUUGUGCUUUCUCUGACAAGAUCAUCUACCCUGAGAGCUUUGCCGAGGGAAACCCUGAUGCUGUCAACCCCGAUUUCAACACCAAGUUCGGCAUCUACUCUGCCAACUGUGGUCUUGAUAACGUCAUGCUCUCUUGGGGACACGACGAGUACCUCUACCACGUCGUCAAGGACCAGUCCACCCUCCCCGAUGAGGCCCUUGCCAUGAUCCGCUACCACUCAUUUUACCCGUGGCACCGAGAGGGUGCGUACCAACACCUCAUGUGUGACAAGGACUGGGAGAUGCUCAAGGCUGUUAACGCCUUCAACCCCUAUGACUUGUACUCCAAGAGCGACGGCGUCCCUGAUGCCGAGAAGCUCAAGCCUUACUACAUGGAUCUUAUUGCCGAGUACUUCCCCAACCCUGUUAUCAAGUGGUAA